UGAAGUAUCAAUGUGACCAAGAUACUAAUGCUACAAAAUGGGUAGUUUUAUUAGCAGGAGGACAAAAUAUUACACACCUUGGAUACCUUAUGCAGGCGAGUGUUUAUCGCGCGUAUCACGUGCUUCGUGCCCGGGGUAUACCCUCUGACCACAUAAUAGUCAUGCAUUACGACAACAUGGCGUACAAUCCUAGGAACCCCACCCCCGGUGUUGUCAUCAAUGACGUCAACGGUAUGGAUGUCUACCACAACGUCCCUAAAGAUUAUACCGGCGAUGAUGUCGACCCCCAGAUAUUUAUCUCGAUGUUGAAAGGUGAUUCGAAAUUAGUAAAACGUGGCAAAAAAGUUUUGAAAAGCGGUCCAAAUGAUCACGUGUUUAUUUAUUAUUUUGGUCAUGGUGAUGAAUCAGGCUUUAUCCAAUUGAUUGACAAAAAAUUGUAUCGAGAUGAAUUAAUG